CCACGAAGAGUGUGUAGUACAUUGAUAAUUUUAGGCAAAUCCAAUAACUCGAUCGUUUGCGAUUCUUGCGACAUAAUUGAUCAGUCGUCACUCGUUGUCAAAAUGCUACGGUUGUGGGUGAUUGGGCUGUUCUUGAUCCUUGCAGGUACCUUCACGGGAGUCGAGAGCACAAGAAUAGUAACAGUUACUGUAGGACAACAAUUUACAAUCGGAGUGUCAGCGGUUGAGAAAUCAUCUGAAACUGCAGUGGAAUGUAUUCUCGUAACAUCUCAGAACGAGAUUAUCUCUUUCAUCCCUGGUGAUGAAAUUGAUGCACCGAGAAGGUUCCAAGUACUAGACGAUAAAGACUGUUCAGUCGCGGUUAGUGACGUAAAUACAGCUGAUGCUGGAGUAUGGACUAUGUCGUAUCAAACGGAGACUGGACCUGGAAACCAGACAGAUACAGUCCUUCUUAUGGCCCGUGAGGUCAAUGCAUCAGACGGUGAAAACGAAAAUGAAAAAGACGAUGAACUUGGAACUAUGCUCAGUGCGAUCCAACAUUUUGUAAGGGAGGAAGAUGCGAUCGAUAUUUCUUUGGAUACCUCAGUUGGUGAAGAGGAUUGUUACGUGAAAGCACCUGGAGGAGAACUGACCAAGACGACGUCGGAGUUUGACAUGGAAGGAGUUGUCGUACAAACUAGCAGUCUUCAUGUCUCCUGCAGGAUCACCAUAGGUCCAAUAUACGAGAACUUACUUGGAACCUGGUUGUUGUGUGGGGAGUCCAACAAUGAAAUGAGAUGCCAACCUGUUACUAUUUCCUGGAAUGACAACAACAAUCCCAGCGCCCAGUCAGCUUCAAGCAUACAGCCAAGAUUCGAGCACUCAGUGAACUAUGGCUUGACAGUCAACCCGGGUGUUUCAUCACCAUCCGGUUUCGGGGCAGUCACCUGCCACGUCGUCACACCUAGUGGUGAAAACCUCGUAAUAACGAAAGACACCAAGUAUCGCAACAUUGCAAGGAUUGCUUUCGAAACUCUAAGCCUCUGUAGUAUCGUAUUCUCCAUCACUGACGCUGAUUCGCUGGGUGACUGGUCCAUUUAUGGCAAAUUCCGUUCUGCACGUAAUCAACAAGAAAUUCACCUGCCAUUGAGAUUUACUAUUUACAACGAAGAAAAUCCCUAUGAGCAAGCGUAUAAUGUGACACAACUUUCGGAUUUGAGACAAACUGUCAUUUUAAAAACUCCGUUAACAGUUACCAUUAGUGAUAUUAGCGAGGUCGACAAUUGCUUGUGCGAAACACCUUCACGUAAGGUAUACAACCUGGAAAACGCAUAUGAGUUGAAAAGACUUAAAGGGGUGGAAUUGACAGUUCCGAAGGGAGAAACCUCUUGUCAAUUAUUUUUCCACUCGAUAACCGCAGAUGUACUGGGAAAAUGGCGGUUUGUUGGGAAGUUCAGCCACGGCAACCUACAUACGCAGAAGUGGCAGAGGGUGUACCUCAUAGAAGAAGAUCCUAAUAACCCAGUUAUAGAUGACUUUCGAACACUCGAAAUAUUGAGUCCACAAGUUAUCGACACGAAGCUGGACACUACACAUAGGGUGACGAUAACAUCUACAAAGGAUGUUGAAAAUGAGAGUUGUCAUAUAGUAACCCCCAGCGGUUUGCAAUACGCAUUUAUAGCUGGUUUUAAUCUCAGCAAUGUAGAAAUUGUAACUGGAACCGGAAUAGAAUGUGGAGUCGAACUUCACGUCUACAAUACAGACAUGAUUGGAGACUGGACUCUCAUUUCCAGGGCUACCAGAACAUCAGGAACAACUAUAACACACGUUGAAAGAAGGCGAACAUUUUCCAUCCACGUAGAAGAAACUUUGGCUACAGGAAACCCAAUUACCAUAACCGAAGGCAGCGACCUCUACCUAAGACUACCAGAAACAACUGACUUGUACAAGACCUGCAAACUGUAUGGGCCCACAGGCGAGGAGCUAACUGAAAAGCAAUAUUUAAUCGAUGAAAUUCACCGUGAAUCAUGUGGUUAUAUAAUUGAGAAGGUUAAUUUGAGUCAAAGUGGUACAUGGACUAUUGUUUAUGGAAAGAGCAUUAUUUAUAGAUCAAAUAUUCAAGUCAACGUCUUAGAACAUGUACAAUUAGCUGUGCAAGAUCAGCAGUGGACCGUUGGCCAAUCGGUGAAUAUGACCAUGGGCCCUGCUGAUGCUGUGUACUGCAACCUAUACAACAGUAGACGUGAUACAGUCUUUGAUGACUUCGGCCCAUGCAGGGUUGUGAUUGAUAGAGUGACCUCGGACCUUCGAGGGCAGUGGCUCAUUCAUGUUGGUGUCCCUGGCUCCAUUGGUGUCCAAUACCAGACCUUCAAUGUCGAUGUACUCUCACCUGAUUGGAGGCCAUUUGUAACUACUGAAGUGGUAGAAGCUGAAAACACGGUGACGCUGUCCUGUUCCGUGUCUAGCAACUAUGUGGUUAAAGCUUGUAAAUUCGCUUCCCCUGAAGGUCAUAUACUUCUAGCAAACCAAGGCGUUGGCCAAGGAAUAUACGACGGAGCUUCAAGGUACGAAACUGACACGAAUGGUUUGAGGUGUAAGAUUACGCUCACGAACCCCGAGCUAAGGACAAGAGGAAUCUGGCGAUGUGCCGUACAUACCAAGGACAAUACUGGCUAUGGUUUCCUGACUUACUACCGCGGAUACAAACCUGAACACAACAGCAAUUCCGAUAGAUAUGAUGUUACUGUGCCGUACUUACGAAGCCAAUUCCGGUUCUACUCGGUGACUGAGGGUGAGAACAGUAUCCUAUCAUGCAUCAUCAGUGCUCCAAUACGCUACUGCUACUUCAGAUCACCAAAUGGAACGGUCUUCAAUGUUGGACCAUCAUUGUCGUCUGAUACAUACGAAUAUGUAGGAAAUGGUUUUGACUCCGGUGAAUGUGGCGUUAAGUUCCAUCAGCUCGGAAUAGACCAUACGGGGCCAUGGUCCUGCAGUGUUGGCAUGACUAAUUUCGAAGAGAGGACUGAUACGUUCGAGGUCGGCGUUAGCGAGCCGAUAAGAGUUUUUCACACAUGGCGGAGCGGAAUACUAGAAAUAGGCGCCAUAGCCGGUGACUGGCUACCUCUGGAUUACUGCAGAUUUGUUCGCAACGACGGAUUAGGUUUUAAUUCUAUUAAUCCACCCCCUGACUACUACACUUACCAAUGGUCAGUUUAUGAAGGAAAAUGCAUACUCGCUAUCACGGACCCGACGCGAUGGGACUUACAGCCCUGGACUGUGUUUGUCAAGGUCACUGGAGAGACCGCCGAGAGGUCGGAUACCACAGGUGUGCUACAGCCACCAGUUGAACCUAAUUCCAAAGCCUCAAAAAUGCUAUUUUGGAUGCUGGGGGUGACCAUGGGAUUCCUAUUUAUAAUUGCUGCUGUAUCACUGAUACCUCCGAAGAAUCGUAAGUGGACUUACAAUCAAGCAACUUCGAUCAGGAACAGCUUCCGAAGAAGCCCCAUACCGACACAAGAAGCGGCGCAAAACGACCUACCACCGAAAGUUUAAUGAAAUUAACCUAAUAAUAUGGACGAUUUACCCCAAAUUUUGACAGAACCCUAUAUUGAAUUG